UAUAUAAAUAGUUCAAAAUAUAAUUGUUUAGUCAUUUAGUGUUUAGUCAGACACACAUUACUAUUCAUCUUUGUAACCUUCCGAUACCCUGUGAUUUAUUUUUAACAUACUACACUGUACCAUGACUUAUGGUUCUUCAGUCUGUUCCUGAGUUAUGGACACAAAACAUAAUUCAUAUCAUAUUUAUAUUGAAUAUUCCAUAUACCGGUUGAGGGUGGCACGGUGGUGUGUGGUGGUUGAGAAGGUCCUGGUCCUCCUUGCGUCUGUGUGGCUUCUCUUCUCUGAGGCUAAGACAUGCUCUUGAGUGUGUGUGUGUGUGUGUGUGUGUGUGCUAUUAUAAAAAAUACAGUCACUAAAGAAAAGUAGUAUCGCCUACUCCAAGCAUAUUCACAACCUUUUAAAAUGUAACCCUUUACUUUGCUGUAUAAGUUUGUGGUGGAAAUGAAUAUUUUUAAACUCGCUCUGCGAAAUAGCGAUGAUUAAAACAAAUAUAAGGACAUAAUUCAGCUUUUUCACCUUGGAUGGUUUGGAGGUCUACCCACAAUCAAAGUUCGAAUAGAGUAUUCUGUAUAUUCACACUCAUUUGUCCCGCAAUGCAAGUUGUAUCUAAUAAGUACAAUAUGAUACAUUUCCCCCACAAAGUGAAUCAACUGUGUCCCACUCCUGUGGGAGUUUGAGCAGACUUGAGGGGCCUCUGUUGAUGGAGCAGAACACUGCAGCGCUCACAGCACAAACAUGUCCAGACAAUCGUUCAUGGCACUGAACACAAAGGUAAUUCAGUCCAUUUUAGAGUCAAGUAAAGAGAAACAAGCACAACGUUACCUCAUCAAAAUGUACACCAUAAACAAUAAUAGGAUUGGCUGACUCAAGCGUGACAUCUUUUAUAAACACUAAACGAAUGCUGGCAUUUAUGGACACAGCUUCCUUCUCAAUUUCAAUGAAGGGAAAUAAAACAAAAACCCACGUAACAACUUCUUCUUUCUCGUCAGUCGGCCUUAUUGGCGAUAGAUUUUCCUCUUUAACUUUCCGCCCACUUUUUCCACAGUAAACCGCGGAAGUUUUGCUGCGACGUGAUUGGUCAGCUGUGUCGGCUGGCUGAGCAUGCGUGUGUGUGUGUGUGUGUGUGUGUGUGUGCUCGUGGUAGUGGAGGGCUCCAUAAUAUAAGUAGCGCAUUGACUGUUGUGCUGCUCGGUUUUUCCUUUCUCUGCUCCAGCAUGACCGCGCAUGUGACCACAGACUUGGAGCUGGAGCUGGGCGAGUUGCUGCAGGAGUUCCAGGAUGUGGUGGAGGAGCUGAAGGCGCCGCUGCAAAGCAAACCUCACGCAUACCACCACGUGCUGCAGGAGGCCAAGGGUCGCUCGGGACGCGCCGACGACAGCGGCGUCGAGGACUCUGAUUGCACCAAGCUGGGAGACACACGGGAACUUGAGAGCUUUAUUGACAUGUUGGACCGGGAACUUGCAGAGAUGUGAACAGAAAGAGAAAGCGGGCCGCGUAGAGGAGGGAGAAAGAGGCCACGGGCGACACGGAUGGCUAUUGCAGAGCAGACAGGCAGGUCUACACCAGAGCGGAUCUGACGGAGCGAAUGCUCCCCUGGCUGCUCCGGGGGAAAAGGUUAACACUAGAAAUUAAAAGGGCACUCCGUUCCAAAAAUGCAAGAACACCCUCCGACCCCCCUGAGGGACGCUGCGUCCAGCCGGCGGGACCAUAUCCCUGCAGCGUCAAAUCCGUGAUGUGUGACAUGUUCCAUAAACCACACGAUGCUUCCAUCUGUCCACUUUUUUUUUGUUGCCACUUUUAAAUUGUUGAUUUCAAACGGAUUCUAUGGGGCUCUGAUCUGCUGUGUGAAUCAGUAUCAUUUCUAGUGUAUAAAUGUUCAUGUUUUUUUUUUAGAAAUAAACAUUUGAUUGUACAUAAAUAAAGUUACAUUUUGAAUGAAUUAUAUAC